AUGAUCAAGGGUGCGGUCCCGGAGAAGCCACUGAGUAACAUUGGAUUAUUUAAGGGUCCACCUUGCUUCGUACCCGCUGCAGGGUUCAAUGCUCCAAAGUCGAUCUUCCUAAGAUUUAACCUGGUGUGUGCAAGUCGAGGGCUCUGCUCCACCAUUUUAGGUCAAACCUUCAAUAUUUGGCAUACAAAAUCGGAGAAAUAUGUAUCGAAAGUAGACCCUCAAAGAAGGGCUCGCUACCCUCGACUGAAGGCAUACAACAAAUAUAAACCGGCAUGCAUGUUUCAAAAAGCACGCAAAGAGAAUGUACAUGUAAGAUACCAAAAGUUCAUAUUCGCCAGUCAGAAAACAGAAUAUGCACAGCAAAAUCCGGUAGACAUCCCGUCUAUUGUAAUGUACAGGCUGGAAUCAUUCAAUGAAAAGGGCCGUGUCGAUCAUCGCUCAAGGAAAUAA